CCAAAUAUAGGCCUUGUUAAGCUUGUCAAAAGAUUUUCUCUAUCUACAUUGGGUCUAUCGGCAUUAGCUACUCCAACCGUAAUGUGCUACUGGGAUGCACCUGCAGUGCAAGCUGCUAAUUUAUCAAGCACUAUGUUCCUUGGAGGUGAGUGCAAAUAAUGUCUGAGCUUCUUUAUUGGGAGAUACGACUUUACAUUCUCAAUUUGCUUUAUCGAAAAGAAUCUCUAAUCCGCUUUGUGUUAACGCAACUCGUCUUAACAGCUGUUGCUGCAAGUGCUUGCUCGACAGGUGUUCUCACAUAUAUUCUAGCCCCUUAUAUCAAUAAAAUAUACCUACUCGAGAAUGGUUUGCCUCAAUCGACAACAGCAAAGAAAGAUGAAAACCACAACAUAGAGAAAUAUAAUAUCACGCCUAAUUCAAUCAUCACUAUUGAAACAAUGGAUAUAUUGACUCGUCGUCGAACAUCGACAUUAAGGUUGCGAGAUUUGGUUCCAGCCUUAGACUCUUCAUUUUCAACCUGGAAAGUGAAUAACCAAAUAUUGAAGAAACAGCAUGAAUUGGAACAAAGCAAGGGCAUAAAGCCGCUCGUUCAGCAGCAAAAAUUUUGGUUAGAUCAAAGAAAUAUUAUGGGAGAAAUGGAGAUUAUGUCCAACAUUUUACGUGUUGUUAAUGAACAAGGACAAAAACAGAGAUUAAUUUAAACCUACUAUUACUACUACUACAGACUUGAGAUUUAUUAUUAUUUAUUUUACUGCUAUUAAAGCAUACGUAUCUACAAAUAUUAUGGA